AUGAGCGCUCCUACACAAGCUCACACAGCACUUGUUCAAUUUGACCGACACCUGCUUGCGCGGAUGCGCAACCUUCAGCAACAUGUUUCAUGGUUCGAAAGCACGAAUGGCCAUGUCCAAGACAUAGAGGAUGCCGAGCAGUACGAGCUCGCGGAGAACGAAUUCGACAGUACACGGACCACAUCAUCGAGAAAACGGGGUAUCUAUCAAGAGGGAGACACCAUCGACUGGCACCGCGAAGAAGCUGUCGAACGGGAGAGGAAGCGGUUGCUCGCCGCUCAGCGAGGCUACCGCGGCCUUCUGGCCCUCAUCGCAGACUCCAGUAGUAUGUGGCUAGUCACUAUUUUGACCGGCAUUGGAAUAGGAACUGCCGGCGCCUGUUUAGAUGUGCUUGUCCGUUGGCUGGGGGAUCUCAGAGAAGGACGAUGCACGUAUGGAUUCUUCUACAAUCAGGUUACAUGCUGCAGCGGCGUAGACCCCGGCGAGGUCUGCAGGGAAUGGCAGUCCUGGAGUGAAUAUUUCCAUAUCAGGACCAUUUUCACACAAUCUUUGUUGCAGUCUUUCGUAUACGCUACCCUAGCCGUCGCAUUUGCCGGAAGUGCAGCUGUGCUAGUCAAAACAUAUGCACCAUAUGCAUUCCAUACAGGAAUUCCGGAGAUUAAGGCUAUUUUGAAUGGCUAUGUUCUCGACGCCUUCCUCAGCCCAUGGACGCUACUCAUCAAAGCUCUGGGUCUAGCAUUAGCCGUUGCCUCUGGCCUCUCCCUCGGGAAAGAGGGGCCGCUUGUUCAUGUCUCAUGCUGCAUGGCAGACCUCAUUUCAAAGAUGUUCAAGGAGGUGCACGCGCGAAAACGCAGAGUGCUCACGGGCGCAGCGGUAGCCGGUGUCUCCGUUGCGUUCGGCAGUCCAUUGGGUGGAGUGCUUUUUGGGCUCGAGGAAUUAGAUACUUUCUCCAGCGGUCCAAACGUCAUGUGGCGCGGGUUUGUCACGUCAGUGAUUGCUGCCAUGGCUCUCCAAUACAUCGACCCCUUUGGCACAUCCAAACUCGUUCUCUUCCAGGUCAACAUUACUGAAGCUACGACAGUUUGGAGACGUUUUGAGUUGAUACCGUGGCUGAUCCUCGCCGUACUUGGGGGCGUUUUGGGCGCGUUUCUGAUCCGCUUGAAUGCUGCAGCCGCAGUGUACAGGCGAAAUAGCACGGUCCAUAAUUGGCCAACCUUAGAAGUCAUUAGCUGUACUGCAAUCACUGCGGCUGUCAGCUAUCCCGUGGUUUUCCUCAGGGCGCAAACGUCGGAGCUCGUAGUCAAUCUAUUUCAAGAGUGUGACCCAAGCAAAGGUGACUUUCAUGGGCUCUGCAAUCCCACAGCGAUAUGGGCCAAUGUCUUCCUGCUCGUCCUCACCGCCGUAACUAAAAUCGCCCUCACUGCGUGGACGUUCGGGAUGAUGAUUCCCGCUGGUAUCUUCCUCCCUACUAUUGCGAUUGGUGCGAGCUUCGGCCGAGCAAUGGGACUGAUAACGGAGGGACUAUAUCGUGCAUAUCCGACUGCGUGGAUAUUCUCAUCUUGUCCACCUGAACCGACCGCGAAGUGUAUUUCCCCCGGCUUCUACGCAGUAAUAGGAGCCGCGUCUAUGCUGGGUGGUGUCACUCGGAUGACUGUUUCCUUAGUUGUAAUUCUGUUUGAGCUCACGGGCGCGCUCUCGCACGUCCUACCCAUCAUGAUCGCCGUCAUGGUCUCCAAAUGGGUGGGCGACUACUUCGGGAAGGAGGGUAUAUAUUCGCUCUGGAUCGCCAUGCGCGAGUACCCAUGGCUGCCUCCCGCAGAGUACCGCGACAAGGGAGAGACAGCCGCCGAUGUAAUGAAGCCCGCGGCGAAUCUUGUCGUUAUUAAUGAGAAUCGAGACGGAUGUACGCUUCAGGACAUCAACCAGAUCGCGAAUACGUAUCGAUUCCAUGGAUUCCCUGUUGUUUGUGGUGGUCAGCUCAUUGGCUACGUCACUCGAGAUAGGUUGAAAACCACGCUGGAAUCUUUGUCAGAGGACGACGCGAGAACAGGUGCUAUGCGCAAAUGCACGUUCGCACCUCACCCUGCCAAUGGCAAUAUGGAGUUGAUCAAUCUGUCGCCGCUCCUUGAGGAAGCUGCGUUGCAGCUGCGUGAGGAGAUGCCGCUCGAGGUGGUUGUCAGCAUGUUCCAGAAACUUAAUCUGCGGCAUAUCCUAUUCUCACACGAAGGUCGGUUGACAGGGAUGUUGACGAAGACCGAUAUUGUACGAUUGUUCACCGCACAAUUCCCGUACACCGCUGCCCUUUCUGAACCGCGAUGGUAA